AUGGAGCACUUCCCUUACUACCGGGACAAUCGUCAGGGCUGGCAGAACUCCAUUCGUCACAACCUCAGCUUGAACGACUGUUUCGUCAAGUUGCCACGAGACAAAGGCCGGCCUGGAAAGGGAAACUACUGGACCCUGUCUACAAACUCAGACGACAUGUUUGAGCAUGGCAACUACAGUGAGUUGGUUGCUCAGGCGUCUGCUGUCUCCAAGGCUGGUGGGCGACCCUUCGUCCUUUCGGCUGCUCUUGCUCCUCUGCCUGCCUCUGAGCCCGGGUUGGUGGGACUCGAACGCAGGCUGAUGCGGGCCGGGCCUAAUCUGCCAGGCGGAGGCUGGACGGAAGAGAAGCAAGUCCAACUGAGACGCCAGCUCGUCUCUUCUGUCCGGCACACACACAUACACACACUGUUUGAAUCCUCUGUCUCUGGCUUUCGGGACACCACAAUUCGCCCCAUUAGGUGGGUUUCAGAAUUUCGAGGCUCGCGGUCACAGACACGGAUUCCACUCGCGUUCGGCUGA